ACCCAAAGUAGAAUACUCUGGAAAAAAAGAAAAGAAAAGAAAACGUAUAACAAUUAUAAUAAACAAGUGACAAUAGAUUAGAUAAGAGAGUAAAACCCCAGCAUAAUAAUAAAAGCGAAAAUCUACUUGCUUGCUUCUUGGCCUAAAAAGCGACGACAACAAGCGGCGCCAAUCAAUCAAUCGGUCGAUUCAAGAACAAAGAGUAAAGAAAAUUGAUGCUAGGUGAUCUAUGCUUCUCGCUAGAUCCGUUUGUUCUUGGAUCCGGCAGCUUCUCGCAUGCAUGGGAACAGAGGUUGUCUUGGCUGCUGUACAAAACCCACUCCAAUAACUGCUGUUGAUGAGCCUUCAAAGGGAUUAAAAAUUCAAGGUCGAACUGUGAGAAAACCCAGCAUUUCGGAGGACUUGUGGAGUACAAGUACGUAUGAGAUGGAUAAUAGCGGAAUUCAAUCACAGAGGAGCAUUUCUUCGAUGAGCACAUCGACACAACCUGUAGAUCACAAUGGAGCUGGAAGCACCAGUAGCCCUACUGAAUUUGUGAACCAUGGUCUUCUUCUUUGGACACAAAAUAGACAGCAAUGGAUUGGAAACAAAAAACCUGAAAACCGCAAACAACAGCUUCGAGAACCAAGGUUAAGCUGGAAUGCAACAUAUGAUAGUUUGCUAGGGACCAACAAGCCCUUUCCGCAACCUAUUCCUCUCUCUGAAAUGAUUGAUUUCCUCGUGGAUAUCUGGGAGCAGGAGGGGAUGUAUGAUUGAUUAAAGAUCGAGGAGGAAAAAGGAUGUUAUUUGUAAUUGAAUAUUAAUGUCAAAUAGAAGGUAAAUACUACUGAGUGCAUAGUGGAAAAAAGCAUUUGCAUGCUGUAAUUGGCUUAGCCCCAAUGAUGCGGGUAACAUGAACAUAACUCGAAAGAUGACCCAUAUCACGAUCCAAUUUAUUACGGUGUGCUCUCUUAAAUUCCUCCAAUUCAAGUGUUGUUCCUUUGUCCA